CCAAGAGGGUGUGGGGGGUCGCUGUCAUAAUGGACUGCUGUUUGGCUCGGGGCCCUCCCUUAUGAAAGGCUCUUUCAGCCGCGGCUCUCCUUGCAGAGAAACGCAGCGGUGUUCAGGCCACAGAGUGUGACGCUCCUGAGGCCACGUUUCCGAGCUCCCUGGAAUUUAGCGAGGUCUUUAAGGUUCUUUACGCUGCAGCGACGGACGGUGACCCUGGGAAGUGUAGAGGACGACCGGCGUCUCGCGAGAGAGCGGCCGUGCAGUGCUUAGGGUUCCCUUUGGUUUUUUAAGGUUUUAGGCAAAUAUCAGUAUAUUGAUAACAGGUUGUAGCAACGUCACAUAAAUCCCUCACGUGAAUUUGUGGAAUAUUUCUGUCCUCCUCCCCACGCCGAGCUAGAUUAAGAAUCUACUUCUUUACACUUCUCCGUCAGUUGGGUUAAAUCUACUUCAAGUUAACAAAUAAGCAAUAAAUGAUUAUUUACCUUAUUGAUUAAUCUUCCGGUUAUCAAGGUCAAAAUGAUGACCUGUUCUAAAGUCUUGUCCUACCAACAGUCCAAACUUGCAAGAUAAAGAAAAACCAGCAAAUCUUAUAAACUCAGGACUCUGGGAACUUUCAAGUGUCUGCUUGAAACUGCCUUAAAAUAGCUGCUGAUUAAUUCAUUUUCUAUCGAUCAGCGUUUCCACCCAAAACUUUUUAAGAGGGCAUGAAGUCCUUAGAUUAUAUUGGUUCCAGCCAACAAAUGUCGUGCGUUGUCGAUGAGUUUGUGGAUUAUUUUAUUUGUAUCAGUAUCAGCAAAUCAACACAUUUGAAGGAGCUGACAUUUUUUUCUUCCUCAGCGACUUUGUCAAUGAGCUGCUGAUUAUAUUACAUCAUAGUGAUUGUAACUGGAACUUACACAAGGCAGCGAUUUGUGUAUUUCCUGUUCUUCCUGCUCACGUCCCUUCCUUGUCACUGAACGGGCUCCUCCCAGCCUCCACAUUGACAAGCCGCUUUAGAGGCCACCUGAUAUAUUCACCCGACCGACAGCCACUGCCACUUCUUGCUUCCUCUCCAUGUAAUGUUUAACCGGUCGUACACUCACUUGAACAAGCUCCCACCAGGAUCUUUUUUUUUUUCUAGAAAGCGAUAUUUAAGAUAAAGGUUUAAAGGAGUAAAGAUUGGAUUUGCAGUUGAAGACAGUCGACGGACGGAUGUCCCUCCAGGCCUCUGUCUUCCAUGCCUGCUCCCUCAGGCUCCGCUCGACUGGAGCAGAAUGAGCCUAUGAACUCCCUGCGAAUCUCCGUAGGAGGCCUCCCCGUUCUGGCCUCCAUGGCCAACGCCACUGACCCUCGCUUUCGGCUCAAAUGGAGGCCCAUCGUGGCGGUGGCCGUCGCCCUCACCGCGCUCCUGCUGCUCUUCGUACACUUCGCCUCGGGCUUCCGCCCCCGCCCCUACAGCUCGCCCGGCUUGCGAGCCCCCCACAGUGACACCAGGCAGUCCGAUUCCCAUUACAACGACACCUACCCUCUCAGUCCGCCUGAGCGCACGCCGCAGGGCACCCGCUACCGCAUCGGGGUCAUCGCCGACCUGGACACCAGCUCCCGCAGUGACAAGAAGCUGACGUGGUUCAGCUGCCUGCGGCGGGGCUACCUGCUGGUGUCCGAGAGCGGCGACAAGGUGGCGGUGGAAUGGGAUGCGGGCAAGGUGGUGCUGGAAAGCCACCUGUCGGAGAAAGGCAGGGGCAUGGAGCUUUCUGAGCUGGUGGUGUUCAAUGGGAAGCUCUACAGUGUCGACGACAGAACGGGCGUCGUCUACCACAUCGACGGAGACAAGGCUGUGCCCUGGGUCAUCUUACCUGACGGCGAUGGCAGCGUUGCCAAAGGGUUCAAAGCUGAGUGGCUGGCAGUGAAAGACGAGCACCUGUACAUCGGUGGUCUGGGGAAGGAGUGGACCACCACCGAGGGCGAGUUCGUCAACAACAACCCAGAGUGGGUAAAAGUGGUUGGCUUUAGAGGGGACGUACGACACGAGAACUGGGUUCCCAGGUACAGAUCUCUGAAGUCGGCUGCCGGGAUCGAACCCCCAGGCUACCUUAUCCACGAGUCAGCAGCGUGGAGCGACACUCUGCAGCGCUGGUUUUUCCUCCCUCGCCGCGCCAGCAAGGACCGCUACGAGGAGACGGCGGACGAGCGCCGUGGCACCAACCUCGCCCUGAGCAGCUCGGCGGAUUUCAAAGACGUCAUUGUGAGCCGAGUGGGUCCCCUGAACCCCACGCACGGCUUCUCCUCCUUCAAGUUUGUCCCCAACACGGACGACCAGAUCGUUCUGGCACUCAAGUCGGAGGAAGACGCCGGAAAGGUGGCUACAUACAUCAUGGCCUUCACACUUGACGGACGCGUCCUUUUACCCGAGACCAAGAUCGGGGACGUGAAAUAUGAAGGCGUGGAGUUCAUAUAGAGGACUCGGGAGACUGAGGGGACUCGCUCUUGAGGCACUGUGGAUCUAUUUUGUUUACAAUCCAGUCACUGUUGAAGUUCACGUGAGUGCUGCUUCCUCAUCACGUUUGUCAGAGACAGAACUCCACCGCUGAAAGGAGUUGGUUCUGAGACUGUGACGUGUGGUCUCUGUGGCUCUGGGGUUCAGAGAAAGUGUCCGUCAAAACAAUGCCAGCAUUUCUUGUGGUGCGUCAUCUCCUUUCCAUGCCAAAACGUGGCCCUCAACAGUACUGUAGCCUUUUCUUAUGAUGAAUGUACAAACAAUUGAUUUAUCACACUGUGAUUUUUUCUCCCCCCUAAAGCAGACAUUUCCAUGCACAUACUACAUACACUCUCGAAAGGUCAAAGGCCUUUCCCCCCUUUGCUCCAUAUUCAACUGCAUCAUUCUGUACAACAGCAAACAUUUUAUUGUCGGGGCAUUUACUAAAAGCCUGUCAUUAUUCUUCAUAAAAAUCAACAAUAUUUGAAGAAAAAAUAAUUAUACUCUAUGUAAUGUGUUUUUUUUUCAGAGGAGGGGGGGUGCUGAGUAAAUUCUUGAUUCUCCUUUUUUUGUGUCCUGUUAUAUAAUUCCUAUUUUGGUUUGGAUCUUGCAACAUAACUGGUUCUGGAAAAUCAGACAUUGUCCAGUUUCAACUGGACCAAAACAGUUCUUUUGGGUGAAAUGAAACUUAAGGAAAGCAGCAGGUUUGGAGAAGUGAAACUACCCCCCUUUUUGUAACUAGGACUUAAGAGGGGAGAUAUGUGUCCGAUUUUAAACGAGACGGCACAUCCGAGGAGAACAGAGGGAAGAAGGUAAUGUGGCUUCAUAAUAUCUAAAGAUAUUCAUGCUUGAUAUAUUAAUUCCAUGCACAUUCAGCAUAUAGGGGUGAUAGACUAGUAUUGGCCCUAAUCGUGAUUUUUAAAAGAGGAAAUAGUAUGUUAAUACUGCACCCAUGAUAAUAUCAUGUAAAUAAUUGAGUGCCUCUUAAAUCAUUGACAUUUCUUUCUGCAGUGAUACACUAACUCUCUGGUUCACACUCCAACAGCAGCUAGGUACUAGUAUUUAGUAGUAUUGUGAAUGCCAUUUGUUUACCAAAAAUAAACCAAUAAAACAAAGUUAAAGAUGAA